AUGUAUCCUUUUGCUCUAAUUGCCAUUUCAUUAUUAACGAUAAAUGCCGCAUCAAAAUUUCAAAGCGAUAGCGCCUAUGGUUUAUCAUAUCUUGAGUUUCAUGAAGGAUUAUUUAAUCCUGUACAUUUUAAAAGUUCGUUCACCAACUUUCGAAGUGUAAAGGAUAGUCAUUUUAUCAGAAAUAAAACAUUAGAAUCAGACAAGACAUUCUUUUGGUCUGGCUUAUGUCCAAAACAACAUUAUCCAAAAUGUAAUUGUGAUUACAGCCAAGGAAUAGCAAAAGAAAUUGCUUUAUACUAUGGUGGACACACAUUAGAAAUGUUAGAUGAUAAGCAAAAUAAUUUUGGCUUACCCAAUUAUGACUUUGAUGAUACAACAAUUAGAGAAAAAUGGAUUAUGUUAUCAAAAGAAUAUGCCUAUAAAGCACGAGGUACAGUACGACUAAUUAAAGGUAAUUGUUUUAAUGUAAAUGGUGUUUACCAACAAUACGAAUUAAAACAAUUGAAAGAAAAUCGUAAAAAUGGGAUUCCCGUCAAUUUUGGUGAAACAUUAGAUGUAGCUGAUGUUUAUUGUAAUAAAAUUAAAAGACCAAAAAAUCAACAAGCAUUUCAACAAUUUUGUAGUUAA